CGUCAUCCCAGGCUUGCAGUUUAGUGUUCGGGAUACUGUCUCACGAGAGAGACGCCGCCGACGCGGAUCGACGCCCGUGAGAUAAGUGACGAUGAAAGUCAUUGUUCACUGGCGCAAUUAUCACGAAUCGGCCUAAGCGAAAAUGCAUGAGGCACCCGGUGCCAUGCCUCGUUGAGGAACGUGUCAUGGCAGGCCUGCUGCUACUGGGGUUGCUGGCCUGCGCCCCCGUGGCUUCUACUGAAAUCCCCCUCCUCGUCCUUUCUGAACUUUGCUACUAUCCUCUCAACAUGGAUUACAUCGAUCAAGAAUUAGGAAACGUUACUCUGAAAAUUCUGCCUCCAGAAGAUGUUUGCGAGGACCCUUCCAAGCUGCUGCACAUAUUAUCAACAAGUAACGGACCUGUUUUAGGGUCUUUUAAAACAGAACUCUGUUCACCUGCCCAUUUUAUUUCAAGUUUUUAUAAUACUACAUUAGUGACAUGGAACUGCCCGAAGAGUCCAAAGGAAAUCGAUAUAACUCAAGAUUUAAGACUCAGCCCUUCUAUUCCAACAAUAACUAAAGGAUUUGCGAGAGUUGUGCUCAACAUGAAGUGGAAAUCAGUCGCCAUCGUAACAAGCAGGGGUGGAUGGUGGCCGUCCCUGUCACAGUCCAUUGACAUACAAUUACGGGAUAUCGGCAUUAUCCCCAGACAUUUCUUCAUGAUAGGGAGGAACAACUCGAAAAGACAUAUUGAAAAUAAGUUACGAAUUUUAAAGAAGAUCCCUUGCCGAGCGGUGGUGAUGUGUCUACCUGCCGAUGAGACGGGGAAGAACGUGCUGGAGGUAAUCGACAGUCUCCACCUGGCGCAAGAUCACAACACAUUAACGAUAUUUAUAGACACAUCGAAUUUACUCUCUUGGAAAUACGCUUUUACCCAGCAAAAAAAUAGCACGGAGGUUUCCGGAUUUAAUUCAACAAAUUUUCUGGACACGGUGAGUGCGGUCAGCAAAAGGCACAUAUUGAUUUACACCGCCGCAGACAAUGCGAGUCUGGAGUGUGCCGUUUUGAAGAACAUCAAAAAAUCCUUCGCGAGUUUGAGUGCUGUGCGCGACGAACAAUCCGUUUUCCUGCUGUCGGGUUUGCAGGACGACGAUAUUUUCGGAUCGCUUUUAAGCGUGAGCCGGGACAAUUCCAGUGAAUUUGUGGUCACGGAGGUCCGGGACAAUUUAGAAGAGUGGAUCCUCAAACACAAACAGCUAGACGAAUGUGAAGGAUGCGAAACCGAACUGACCAAAGCCUUGAGUGUCCUUGGGAUUCUGGGCUGCUCCUGUUUGUUCGUUACGGUUCUUCUCGGGACCGCGGCCUUAGCCAGAAACCAGCUGCUGAAAAAGCGCGUCUCCAAAGGACCCUAUAAGGUCCUGUUGACGGCCACUGAUUUUGUCUUCCCGCAGAUUGCGGAUAGUCGCAGGGUAGAUGAAGGCAUCGAGGCGAUGCUGUGCUGCUGGCUACAGCAACUCCAGGAGUUUGGUGGCCCUGAAGUGGAUAAACCGGACUUAUUACAAGGCUCCGGGGCAUCGGUGAAAACACCAUUACGUGGAGGGUCCAGCCCGAAUCUGGCAAAACAGCUCAUUGUGGACCCUAGAGUCCGAUAUAACGGUGAUUUGGUGCAAAUGAAGCCAGUACCUUCUGUAGGGGGCGCUGUCGAGUUGAAGGCUAAAACUGUAGAACUCUUGGUGCUACUUCACGGCUUAAGACACGAGAACUUAAAUCCUCUGAUCGGAUGUUUGGCAGAGCCGCCAAGAGCCGCCCUCGUAAGCGAAUACUGCGCCAGGGGCUCUUUACAGGAUGUGCUUCAGCAGGAUGACAUCAAGCUCGACUGGUCCUUCCGCUUGAGUCUGCUUACCGAUUUAGUUCGGGGAAUGAAAUACCUUCACUCCACACCAAUCCGAGUCCACGGCUAUUUGACAUCUCGUAACUGCGUCAUAGAUGCCAGGUGGGUGUUAAAAGUCACAGACUACGGAUUACCGGCGUUUUACGAAGCUCAAGGCUUACAACCCCCCGUCAAAACUGCCAGAGAACUGCUGUGGACAGCUCCAGAACUGUUACGACACGCCAGCUUAAGGAAAAAAGGGACGCAACCUGGUGAUGUCUACUCGUUUGGAAUUGUUUUACAAGAAGUGGUCGUUAGAGGAGAACCGUUCUGUAUGCUCGCGUUGACGCCAGAAGAAAUCAUAGAAAAAGUUAAACGGCCUCCUCCUCUUAUACGGCCCUCCGUCAGUAAAGGCGCAGCACCUCCAGAAGCGAUAAAUAUAAUGCGUCAAUGUUGGGCAGAACAAGCAGAAAUGAGACCAGAUUUCAAUACUGUUCAUGAUCAGUUUAAGAAAUUGAACCACGGCCGAAAAGUAAAUAUUGUAGACACAAUGUUCCAAAUGUUGGAAAAAUAUUCUAACAACUUAGAAGAAUUAAUAAGGGAACGGACAGAACAAUUAGAUAUUGAAAAGAAAAAAACGGAACAACUUCUAAACAGAAUGCUUCCAAGUUCAGUGGCAGAGAAGUUAAAGUUAGGAAUGCCUGUGGACCCGGAAGAAUUCGAAGAAGUCACAAUUUAUUUUUCGGACAUCGUGGGUUUUACGACAAUAUCGGCGCACUCGACCCCUUUUCAGGUGGUCGAUCUUCUAAACGAUCUUUACACAUGUUUCGACGCCACCAUCAACGCUUAUAACGUCUACAAGGUCGAAACCAUCGGUGAUGCCUAUAUGGUGGUUGGAGGACUGCCAGUUCGAGUUCCGGAUCACGCCGAACAAAUUGCCACAAUGGCCCUCGAUUUAUUACAUCAAAGCGGUCGGUUUCGCAUAACACACCUUCCCGGCACUCCUUUGAGGCUAAGGAUAGGCCUCCAUACGGGUCCCUGCUGCGCCGGUGUCGUCGGAUUGACAAUGCCGAGGUAUUGCUUAUUUGGGGACACGGUUAAUACUGCCUCAAGAAUGGAAUCAACAGGUGCGGCGUGGAGGAUUCAUCUCUCCGAAGCGACGAAAGAAAGAUUGGAGAGAGCCGGGGGUUAUCAGCUGGAGUACAGAGGCCCUACGGAAAUAAAAGGAAAGGGGACAAUGCACACGUAUUGGCUUCUGGGAAAAGCCGGCUUCGAUAAACCUCUCCCCGUUCCACCAUCUCUAGAAUUAGACGAAAGUCUUGUUAUUACGAAGUCGAUAUCUGGUAAUUUGAAGCACGAGGAAACGACGGCGUCGGGAGAUUCGAUUUCAGUGGAAUCUCGUCAACAGCCCGUCACCGAGGAUCAUCAACCAAAAUCACCUAACCCCAACCCUUCUUUUAUUAAAACAAUGGAACAUUCGAAAUUCUCCGCCCUUGUGAAAGCCCAGGAAGACGCGUCAAAUACAAGACACGAUUAUCACAUGGUAAAAAGUACAUCAAGUGACACUCCAAUGUCUCUAGGAACUCCGGUAUCGGCAACUGAAGUCGCGGCGGCAUUGUUGGGAGCAUCAACCAGUUCAUUGUGCGGAUUUCGAAGACAUCGCAAAAUCGAAGAGGAAGAUCUGAGUACACCGUAUAAUCAUUACAAAUGUCUUAGUCCGAAACAUCGAAUUGGGAAAUUGCUUCGAAGACAGUUUAGCCUGGACAGAACUGAAGAAAUUAGGUCAGAAGAAUCUAUGCAAAUCGGGAGCCCUAGGCUAUUUAAACAAAAUUCAGCUGGAGCUGCAGAUCUAGAGAAAAUAGAAGAAGUUCCGAUGAAAAUUCCAGUUUCGCCUGCACCGAGUACAACUCCUUUGCAGUGCAGUUUGUCGAUAUCAGUAGAUUCUCUAAUUCACUAGGGAGAGAAAAAAUAGAAUCAACUUGACGUAACAAUACAAUAAUAUAUUAGACAAUCACGUCGGUCUUUGUUUUGAUUAGACUAGUUUAUUUGAAAUUUCUAAUUCCGUAAUAUAAUAAUUGAUUACCGUAGAAAAUGACAAACCAUCAUACGUUAUUCGUUAAUGUUAUAAUGUUAUGAACAUUAGAUUUCAGUUGACUACCAGAUAUUGUGUGCGACAUCAAGUUUAGUUUUACAUGUAUACUGUUAUUACUGUUUCUCGUUCGAAUGACAAAAUUUAAUUUAAAAAAAUUAAAACAUUUAAAAACAAAUUUUUAAGACAAUAAUUUUCAGUCAAUUGUUUAAACUUUUCUGUCACAAGCACAAUCUCGCUCAACGUUAAAGAUAGGUACAGACUUACUAGUUUAAUAAUAACGGUAACAAUAAUUAUUUCUACUUUUGACUUUUCAGAGAACCAGAAUUUCAGAGCAAUAAAUCUGCCAAAAGUAAAGCCUUCUGACAUUCUUUGUUGCUUAAGUCAUCUUAAGAUUUAAUUUUUAAUUUUGGCAUCUUAAGCUUUGAGUGAGAAAUUGCUUGUAUGUACAACGCACUCGUUAAAAUCAAAUGCAGUAAACUCGAAUAAAAAACAAAAGAGCGGUAAUCACAGAUGCAUAUUUUUUUUAUUUGAUGUAGUGUUGUAGGUAUACCUACCUAUAGCAAUAAUGUGUGUUAUCAAUACUCAGUACCUGUCAUCUUCAAAAAAAUAAUUUAGUGUGGUCAUAAAUUUCCAAAACUAGCUAGUGAACAAUUUACUCCUCAAAUGUUGUGUUCAAAAAAAUAAAAAAAGAACGAUAAAAACACGAUCAGAGACAGCCAUGAUAAUUUUUCUUCAAUCUCUACUACAUUUUAAACACACACUUUCAAAUUAAAAGUAAUGUGACAAGACGAACAUUCCAUCAAAGACAAAUCUUCAAAAAUACAUGGCUGUCUUCGAUUGUGUUUUUAUUGGUCUCUUGGUAUAAUACUAGAAAUCUGCAUUUCUUUGUAAUUGGAAUUUUAAGAUUGGAACGCAGCAUUUAAGAUUCUUAAUUACAAAAUGUCAUGUGUUUUUAUUUGCUGACCUAAAACAUGAUUGCAAAAUACUGAAACUUUUCAUAUUCGUGCUGUUUUUCAGCUCGUUUGCGGUGUAUCUAACUGAUAAAUAAUAUUUCAUAUACCUACAUGUAUGAUACCUACUUAUACACUACGUGUCUUUCUUUCUGUUGUAUGAACACUCGUUACGUUUUAGGUAUAUAAUAUAGAAUUUAAGAUGAAAAUGAAACGCACAUUUCUUGACUUAGCUAUACCUACAUAUACCCUUUAAAAUGCGAUCAUCAAAUAUCUGUGAAUGAAUGUAUUAUUUCAAAAAACUAGGUAAUAGAGAUUUAGUUAAUGUAUUAUUUUUUUCUAGUUUGAAUGUGAAUGUUUUUUUAUACCUAGUCAUAUUUAUAUCAAACAUAAUUGUAAUUAAUAUAAGUAGACAA